ACGGAAGUAGCAGUGACGUGUCCCUGUGCGCCGGGGCAUUGUGGGAUCGCUGUUUAUGGGCACAAACUGGACCAGUAAAACCUGACAACUGGAAUCGCCGAAUAAGCCGCGGAGAACGGAAAGGCGGACGGACAGAGGCGAUGAUCAGCGGUAUGGGGGUGCGGGGUGGCUGCUGAGCGGAUAUCGGCUCUAUCGGGGUGUCCGGGGACCGCGCAGCCUGACGGAGCGCUGCCUCAAUGGACGCUGGGUGAACGGCGCCGCUCACGGUGCUCUCAUCCUUCACCGGGCCGCCGAAAUAGGUCGCGUUGCUCCCUAGCAUAGCGGCAGCGCGGCCCUUCUGCUACACAACAGUUCUGGUUUUUAUUUCGGGGACGUUGGGGAGGCAAACGGCUGAAAAAAUGACGACCACCAGCCCGGAGGCGGUGAAGAAACUAGUGGACAACAUGCAGGCGGAUCUGCGGCUGCUGUCGAUGGAGUGCAAGAAGAAAUUCCCCCCCGUGAAGGAGGCCGCAGAAUCUGGGAUUGUGAAGAUCAAAACGGUGGUGGUGAGGAACACCAAUAUUCUAGCAGCCCUGAAGGAGCACAGCUCAGAGGUGGUGCAGCCCUUCCUCAUGGGCUGUGGCACCAAGGAGCCGAAGAUCACACAGCUGUGCCUGGCUGCCAUCCAGAGGCUCAUGUCACACGAGGUCGUGUCUGAGGCCGCUGCAGGGAACAUCAUCAACAUGCUCUGGCAGCUGAUGGAGAACGGCCUGGAAGAGCUGAAGCUGCUGCAGACGGUGCUGGUGCUGCUGACCACCAACACGGUCGUGCACGAUGAGGUUCUCUCUAAGGCCAUCGUCCUGUGUUUCCGCCUCCAUUUCACCAAGGACAACAUCACCAACAACACAGCGGCGGCCACCGUGCGGCAGGUCGUCACUGUGGUCUUCGAGAGGAUGGUGGCGGAGGACAAGCAGUUCAAAGGUGUGGAGGAACAACCACAGCCAGUACAGAGCAACACCAGCCGCAGGUCCAUCAGUACUCUGCGGCCUAGCGCUAAGGACGCCUACAUGCUGUUCCAGGAUCUGUGUCAGCUGGUCAAUGCUGACGCCCCCUAUUGGCUGGUGGGCAUGACGGAGAUGACGCGCACGUUUGGCCUGGAGUUGCUGGAAUCCGUCCUGAAUGACUUCCCGGAAGUUUUUCUGCAGCAGCCCGAAUUCUGCUUCCUGCUGAAGGAACGCGUGUGUCCACUGGUCAUCAAACUCUUCUCGCCCAACAUCAAGUUCCGCCAGGGUGGAGGGGGCGUGGCCUCGCCCGCCGCCACAGAGAAGCCCUACUUCCCCAUCUGCAUGCGGCUGCUGCGCGUCGUCUCUGUCCUCAUCAAGCACUACUACAGCCUGCUGGUAACCGAGUGCGAGAUCUUCCUGUCCCUGCUGGUGAAGUUCCUGGAUGGGGAGAAGCCACAGUGGCUGAGGGCCGUGGCAGUAGAAUCCAUCCACAGGCUGUGUGUGCAGCCCCACCUGCUACGCUCUUUCUGCCAGUCCUAUGACAUGAAGCCACACUCCACUAAGGUCUUCCGGGACAUUGUCAAUGCCCUGGGCUCCUUCAUCCAGUCGCUCUUCAUCGCCCCCAGCACAGGAUGCCCCGCCCCUAGCGCUGCCUCGUCCGGUGUGUCCGGCCUGGGGGGUCAGGCAGCCGCCCAGGGGGGCCCAGGAGCAGGGGCAGCCAGCGGGGCCCUGAGCCCACAGGCCGCCUUUGAGUACCGCGGUACCUGGAUUCCCCUGGUGACUGUCAGCGUGCAAGGGAGCACCAAGGCCACAUACUUGGAGAUGCUGGACAAGGUGGAACCACCUAGCAUCCCAGAGGGUUACAGCCUCUCAGUGGCCUUCAGUGCUCUGCUAGACCUGGUGAGGGGUAUCACCUCCAUGAUCGAGAGAGAGCUGGCCCAGAAGGAGAAGGAGGGGGACGAGAAGUAUGAAGAGGCAUCUCAGACGUGCUCCAAAGCUCCCCUCAGCCAGGAGACGGUCGACCAAACUCAGGACCUGACAGAUCAACGAGAACCAGCUUCCCGGCUGGUGUGGGAGGAGAUGGUCAACACGUGCUGGUGUGGCUUACUGGCUGCCCUCUCCCUCCUGCUGGAUGCCAGCACCGAUGAGUCUGCCACAGAGAGCAUCUUGAAGGCAGAGCUGACGAUGGCUGCGCUCUGCGGCCGGCUUGGCCUGGUCACACCACGUGACGCCUUCAUCACGGCCAUCUGCAAAGCCUCGCUGCCACCACACUACGCCCUCACUGUCCUCAGCAGCUCCACGGCCAGCCUCUCCAGCAAGGCGUACUCCAUCCAGGGCCAGAGCGUUCAGAUGAUCAGCCCGUCCAGUGAGUCCCACCAGCAGGUGGUGGCUGUUGGACAGCCGCUGGCGGCCCAGUCUCAGGGCACCGUGGUGCUCACGGCCAAGAACAUCCAGUGCAUGCGUACGCUGCUGAACCUGGCACACUGCCACGGAGCCAUGCUGGGCACGUCAUGGCAGCUGGUCCUGGCCACCCUGCAGCACCUGGUGUGGAUCCUAGGCCUGAAGCCUGGGGCUGGAGGUGCUCUGAAACCUGGACGGGCAGUAGAGGGUCCCAGCACGGUACUGACCACGGCGGUGAUGACCGAUCUCCCAGUCAUCUCCAACAUCCUCUCCAGGCUGUUUGAAAGCUCCCAGUAUCUGGACGACGUGUCCCUGCAUCAUCUGAUCAAUGCUCUGUGCUCCCUGUCCCUAGAGGCUAUGGAGAUGGCAUAUGGCAACAACAAGGAACCGUCCCUGUUUGCGGUGGCCAAGCUGCUCGAGACCGGUCUGGUCAACAUGGACCGCAUCGAAAUCCUGUGGAGACCCCUCACUGGCCACCUGCUGGAGGUGUGUCAGCACCCGAACACCCGGAUGAGGGAAUGGGGAGCCGAAGCUGUGACCGCGCUGAUAAAAGCCGGCCUGGCCUACAAGCAUGACCCCCCACUGCCCCAGAACCAGAGACUGCAGCAACUUCUUCUGAGCCCCCUGCGGGACCUGUCUGACAUCAUCCACCCGGACAUCCGUCAAAAGCAGCUGGAGAGCGUGCUGCAGAUCCUGCAGAGCCAAGGCGACGGCCUAGGCCCCGGCUGGCCCCUGGUGCUGGGGGUCAUCGGGGCCAUCCGCAAUGAUCAGGGGGAAUCCUUGAUCCGGACGGCAUUCCAGUGCCUGCAGUUGGUGGUCACAGACUUCCUACCGACCAUGCCUUGCACAUGCCUCCAGAUUGUGGUGGAUGUGGCUGGCAGCUUCGGCCUUCAAAACCAGGAGCUCAACAUCAGCCUGACCUCCAUUGGCCUCCUGUGGAACAUCUCGGACUACUUCUUCCAAAGGGCGGAAGCCAUUGAGCAGGAGCUGGAUAGGGAGGAGGUGCUGCUUGAGAAGCAGGCACAGGAAAGGGGCGUGUCCUUGCACCGGCCCUUCCACCCAGCCCCGCCCUUCGACUGCCUCUGGCUCUGCCUGUACUCCAAGCUGGGCGAGCUGUGCGUGGACCCGCGGCCGGCCGUCCGCAAGAGUGCCGGCCAAACGCUCUUCUCCACCAUCACGGCCCACGGGACCCUGCUGCAGACGUUCACCUGGCACACCGUGGUCUGGAAGGUGCUCUUCCAUCUGCUCGACUGUGUGAGGAACUCCUCCACCACUGCGGACAAGGAGAAGAUCGAGUCUGGAGGCGGGAACAUCCUGAUCCACCACUCGCGGGACACAGCGGAGAAGCAGUGGGCCGAGACCUGGGUGAUGACGCUGGCUGGAGUGGCUCGCAUCUUCAACACCAGGAGAUACCUGCUGCAGUCGCUGGGAGACUUCUGCAAAGCCUGGGAGGUCUUGCUGGACCACAUCCAGUCAGCUGCCCUCAGCAAGAACAACGAGGUCUCGCUGGCCGCACUCAAGAGCUUCCAGGAGAUCCUGCAAAUCGUCACGCCUGCCAAGGACCCAGAGAGACCUGACUCCCUAGUCAUCAUGGGCGUACCCGUCCUCGCGGAAACCAUGCCGACCCCCAUACCCGGCCGGCCACUGGCACAAGCCGACCCAGCGGCCGAGAGGCCGGCCCACCGUGAGGGGGCGGAGCCACAGCUUUAUGCCCCACCCCCUGCCGACGAGCUGGAGGACUCGGCCCUGUGGUGGGCGGCCUGGAACACGUGGUACCGCACGGGCAUGGAGAGCACGCGGCCACCGGGCCCUGGCCACAAGCUGACCUUCAUCCCCAGCCAGCCCUUCCUCACCGCCCUGGUGCAGAUCUUUCCCACCCUCUACCAGCAUAUCAAGGCCAGCUUCAGCAUGGAGGACUUGCAGAAGCUGGGCAUGAUCCUGCACGGGGCCGUGUCGGUACCCAUCAGCUCGGACGCCUCGCCCUUCAUCCUGCCUUCGUACACAGAGGCCGUGCUCACCAGCCUGCAGGACGUGGUUCUGGCUGCGCUGGACGUGCUGCAGAAGGCCAUUUGCGUGGGCCCGGAGAACAUGCAGGCCAUGUACCCUGCCGUCUUCGAGCAGCUGCUGCGCUUCGUUGAGUUCUCCUGCAAGCCACCCCAGUACGGCAAGCUGGAGACCAAGCAUGUAGCCAACGCCAAGUACAACCAGAUCCAACUGUUUGCACCGGCUGAGUGGGUGGCCUUAAACUACGUCCCCUUCGCUGAGAGGUCCCUAGAGAUCGUAGUGGAACUGUACCAGAAGACAGCUUGCCACAAGGCUGUUGUGAGUGAGAAGGUUCUGCAGAACAUCAUCAAGACGCUGAGGAUCCCCUUAGGCCUGAAGUACGCGUGCCCCUCUGAGAGCACCUGGAAGCUGGCGGUGUCCUCCUUGUUGAAGGUGCUGUCUGUGGGCCUUCCUGUGGCACGCCAGCACGCCUCUUCCAGCAAGUUUGACACCAUGUGGCCCGAACUGGCCGCCGCCUUCGAGGACUUCCUGUUCACAAAAAGCUCUCCGCCUGAUAAUUUAUCAAGUCAGGAAUUCCGGAAGAAUGAAAUGAUAGAUGUUGAGGUGGUCCAGUUGAUCAGCACGGAGAUCUUGCCUUUCGCAAGUUUCAUCCCUAAAGAUUUUGUUGGACAAAUCAUGGCGAUGCUCAAUAAAGGAUCCAUUCAUUCACAGUCUUCCUCGUUUACAGAGGCGGAGAUUGACAUCCGCUUGCGGGAAGACUUCUCCAAGGUGUGUUUCGAGACCCUGCUGCACUUCUCCUUCAGCGGCAAGGUAGCCACGCCCCAGGAGGGCUACAUCUCUCGCGUGGCCCUCUCCGUCCUCCUCAAAAGGUCGCAGGAUGUAUUGCGGCGCUAUGUGGAGAAUGAGCGUCUGAGCGGCCAUUGUCCACUGCCCAGGCGACAAGUGACUGAAAUCAUCUUCGUCCUAAAGGCCAUUAGCACCCUAAUGGACUCACUCAGGAAGACCCAGCCAGAAAACAUUGAUGAGAACACAUGGGCUCAGGUGAUUGCCCUCUACCCCACCCUGGUGGAGUGCAUUACGUGCUCUUCGUCCGAGGUCUGCUCGGCCUUGAAGGAGGCGCUGGGACCUUUCCAAGACUUCAUGCAGCCUCCAGUGACGAAAGUGCAAAACGGAGAGUCAUGACAAUCUGUGUCAUUUGCAGUAGGUGCAGCAAGGGAGGGCAAGUGGGGCUGUGACCGUCUUAGCACUUAUCGCGCAUGUGGACGUGUUUCACGUGAGUCCGGCCCAUACAUCGUCACUGUGCACGAGAGGGGCCCCGUUUGACCGUGAAACUGACCAACAUCAGUGACUAUUCUUCUACAAGUCAGCUGAGUGUCACCUCUGCAUUACCUGCUACAGUAUAGCUCGAGUGUUUUUGGACGUGUACAGUGUGUGGUGACAGUGUCGAUUAUGUAAUUAAGAAUGAGGUAUUACUUCUUUUUUUUUUACAUAUAAGCAAAAAUCAAUAAAGUCCUUUGUGCACUUUUUUCAGAAGCAAGGGUUUUACGCAAGUGCGAGCCGGAACAUUCCGUUUCAUUUUCAUCUAACCCAAGUUGGGAUGUACUUGUGUGUAAAAUAAAUUAAAAGCUGUAUAAAUCUU